AUGGCGGCAAGAGCUCUCUUGGCAUUGCUAUGUUUUGCUCUGUGUAUUACACAACAAUUUUCAAGAUAUUUCGUAAAUAAACAAAGAAAGAACGAGAGUAGAUAUACAAGAUCACUCUAUUUUAAAAUAAAAGAAUCACUGUCGAAUAUACAGCCUGAUGGAGAUGGAUUCAGAUGGUGUAUUAGCAGAGAUCGGAAAUAUAGACAAUAUAUUGGGCAAGCAGCCAGUAGUGCUUGUGCAGUACAGUUCACAAACAACAAAUGGAGUAGCAUACAAAACUCUGUUCUACUGUUAGCAGGAGAUAUUGCUUCAAAUCCUGGGCCCAUCAGAUCACCAUGUCAGAUUUGUGGCUAUCCAGUACGAAGAAGCGAGAAAAGAUUAAACUGUACCCUAUGUCGAGAUUGGAUUCAUGCACAAUGUAUGGCGUUGCCUGAUAAGGAGCUCAACAAACUCACUAAUUGUGAUUUGUCCGAGUGGAGCUGUGAUAAAUGUAAACUGAGAACUUCGACGAAUAACGAAGAAGACUCAGUUUGUGAAGACAUGUAUGAUAAUUUCAGAACAACGCUUAAAGGUAAGGGGGUAAAGAUAGCUCAGAUAAACUGCCGUGGAGUAAGAUCUAAGCUAACGGAAAUUAUCUUACUGUUGAAAACAUGCUCUAUUGACAUUCUCGGUAUUACGGAAACGCAUCUGAACGAGAAAAUAACAGAUGAUGAAAUAUAUCCAUAUAUAUCGAUUCUUCAGGCAAGACAGACAACACAAAGAGGGUGGAGGCUGUUUGGUUUAUUAUAA